CUUCUUCCUUAUUCUCUCCCUUGAUCAUCAACCCAAAACGCUGUCGUUUCGAUCUCUGCAGCGUUCCUCUCUUCCUUUCACGCGCGACGCCACACCAACCUCUCUCUGAAUCUCUGCUGCUUCUGGACACCAAGGUGUGGUUGGUUCGAUUAUCCCUCCUCCAAUUGAUCCUUCUCCUGGCUGCAAUCGCGGUACUCGGUAAUAUUUGAUAGAAGAUGGAGUUUUGCCCGUCGUGCAGUAACAUGCUGAAAUUUGAACUGCCCAAUAUGGGUCACAACUCAAGACUUUUUUGUCAAACUUGCCCCUACGUUUGCUACAUCGAGAAAGGGGUUAAGAUUAAGAGAAAGCAGCGCUUGGUCAGAAAAGAGAUUGAUCCUGUUAUCUCUUAUGAUGACAUGAAGAAUGCCCCCACAACCGAAGUUCGAUGCCCAAAUUGCAGUCAUGAUAAAGCUGCCUACACAGAAAUGCAGAUUCGAUCAGCUGAUGAGCCCGCAACUAUAUUUUACUGGUGCUUGAAUGAAAAGUGUAGGCAUCAAUGGCGUGAAGAUUGACUUCAUUCUUAUGCAAUGUAUUAUUUCAUUGUUAGCUGCUUCUAAUUGGGAUUACAUGACAGCUAAGGGAUUUUUGGAUUGUUUUUUAUUUCACUUUUUCUCUAAAAUUACAAAAAUAAUGCUCUGUUUUUAUUCUGUCAUCACAGAAUUUUGUUUUAAGGAUUCAAAAUUGCCAAAUGAGUUAAAGUAACUUUGCUGCUUGAUGUUAUAA